UCAGGACCUUUCAGCAUAUUCAAAAUGGCGGAUUUUCGGAAAAAUGGUUCGGAGCUGAACAACACAUUUAAUGGAUAAAUAAAAUAACAAAUACAGUGGUUAAAUAAAUAGCUAUCUGUGCAGUUAUAGGUUAUAAGGCAGAUUAAACAGUGAUAAAUUGAGGAUUAGUUCAUUUUUAUUUGUUUUAAUCGUUCUAUUUUCGUGGAAUACUAUUUUAAGUGUGAGACAUGGCAGAGGAGCGCAGGCAGAAACUGUGUUCGGUGAUCUUACCCACUGAAUCCAUGAAGACCAUGGCAGAGUCAGUGGGUGUGGGCUCCCUGCAAGAGGACAGCUGUCUGGCUCUCAGUGAGGAGGUCAGCUACAGGAUUAAAGAGAUUACACAGGAUGCACUGAAGUUUAUGCACCACGGGAAAAGGUGCAAGCUUACUACUAGUGACAUUGACCAUGCGCUUAAACUAAAAAACGUAGAGCCGCUGUAUGGCUUCCAAUCUCAAGAGUUUAUCCCGUUUCGCUUUGCAAGUGGAGGGGGCAGAGAAUUACACUUCUAUGAAGAGAAGGAGGUAGAUCUCAGUGACAUCAUCAACACACCCCUCCCACGAGUCCCACUUGAUGUGUCACUCAAAGCUCACUGGUUAAGUAUUGAUGGUGUCCAGCCAGCAAUACCAGAAAACCCACCCCCAGCUCCUAAGGAGCAGCAGAAGGCAGAGUCCACAGAGCCUCUUAAAGCUGUCAAACCUGGACAGGAAAAGGAAGGUGCCAUCCAGGCCAAGGGUCAAGGUGCAGCCUCAGCAGAAGUAAAAGGAAAGGAGAAGCUCCGGAUGAAACCACGCAGCACGCAUGAGCUCUCUGUGGAGCAGCAGUUGUACUAUAAAGAGAUCACUGAAGCCUGUGUGGGCUCCUGUGAAGCCAAAAGAGCGGAGGCGCUGCAGAGCAUAGCCACAGACCCAGGACUGUAUCAGAUGCUUCCAAGGUUCAGUACCUUCAUUUCUGAAGGCGUGCGUGUAAAUGUCGUUCAGAAUAAUCUGGCUCUGCUGAUAUAUUUGAUGAGGAUGGUAAAAGCAUUAAUGGAUAAUCCAACUCUAUAUUUGGAGAAAUAUCUCCAUGAGUUGAUCCCUGCAGUGGUGACAUGUAUAGUCAGUAAACAGCUGUGUUUGAGGCCUGAUGUAGACAAUCACUGGGCUCUCAGAGACUUUGCUGCAAGGCUGAUGGCUCAGAGCUGCAAAACGUUCAGCACAACCACCAACAACAUCCAGUCACGGAUCACAAAGACUUUCACCAAGUCGUUGUUAGAUGAAAAGACUCAGUGGACAACACGUUACGGUUGCAUUGCCGGACUUGCUGAACUUGGUCAUGACGUGAUAAAAACAUUGAUCAUUCCACGGCUGUCAGUGGAGGGUGUUCGCAUUAAAGCUGUGAUUGAUGGGCCAGUGGUGUCAAACAUUGAUAGGAUCGGGGCGGAUCAUGUCCAGAGUCUGUUACUGAAACACUGUGCAAGUGUGGUUGCUAAAACUAGGCCGGUCCCAGAUAUUGUGGAACAAUACAAGGCAGAUUACGGAUAUCUGGGCCCCAUGCUUUGUUCACACGUCGUGAAGGCUCGUGCACAGGCUGCCUACCAGGCCCAAACAGUCAACAGAACAACACUUACCAUCACACAGCCACGGCCGACUCUGUCAAUGACUCAAAGUGGGCUGGCGGCAUCAAGUGGCUCCCGUACACCCAGCAUCAUUAAAGUGCCUAGUUCUCUCACACUCAUGUCCACUCGUCCUGGAACGCCCACCCAGCCGUCACCCCCAGCAACCAAAUAUAUUGUAAUGGCAACCAGUGCCGGGGCUUCCUCAACACAACAGGUGAUCAGUCUCAGUUCCUCCCAGUCUGGAUCUCCCAUCACAAGUACAGUUCCCAGCACUCCCACAUCUUUACAGCCACUCGUCAAACUGGAGUCUGGAAACACAGGAGCAGUGGGUGGCUCACGGGCUCUACAGAAAUACAUUGUGGUGUCUUUGCCUUCAUCGUCCUCCUCACUGGAGAACAAAGGUUCAGGUGUUCUCCCUACUUCUACCUCACCCAUCAGCGUUGAGUCAACCGUGAAGCUAGAGUGCUCAGAAUCAACUGCAGCAAACAUACAGUUGAAACACUAAUACACGCACACACACAUAUACAUGCAUACAUACAUUGUCACUUGCGCCACGAGACAGCAAAAUUUAGCCUGCAGUUUCCCAUAGGGCUAACUUUAAGCAAACUGAUAUACACUUUGUAUCAGAGAAGACAAGCAAAUGGCUAUGCAUGCUUUGACCAUUAUUCUUGUUAAAAUACAUGGACACUGCCCAUACGUUACAUACAGUACUUUUAAACCGUAACACUUGAGCAUGUAAACAUGAAAACAUGCUUGAUAUACACAUAUAAACACAUCAGUAUAUAUUUGCUAUUUUAGCUGCCAGCUCAAAAGCCAAAACAUCUACAACUUUGUGCAACCUUAACCACACACACUGAUGAAAGCUGAUUGUGAUUAGUGAUGAAAGUUGCUGUGUGUAAAGAAACCACAGGACUUUUACAAUGUUUUAAUAAUGAAUUAUAAAGUUUUGCUUGUAUUUAUAAUAGAAGGAGUUGUAGAUUUGGAUUGAGGGGGUAAAAAGAGACAGUGGGUUUAUACCUCAGUCACUGUACAAUAUUCAUGUGUAUAAUUUUGCACAUGUGUGCUUUUUGACAAAAACUGGGCAUUUAUAGGGUUAAACAAAAAGCUUGAUUUUCUUUUUCAUGUUUAGUUUUUAUCUUCUGUAAUAAAGACGCUU